AUGGCCCGGCUGGGCGGUGCUGGGCAGGACGCCCUGGCUGGAGGGAGGGGCUGGCUGGACCCAGACCCUGCAGUGGGGAAUGCCAGCACGGAGCCCCCCAGCAGCCUGCCGCCCCCCGAGCGGGGCUGUGGCUGGACCCCCCAGGCCGAGGGCGGCGAGGAGCCCCUGCGGCUGCCCACCUUCUCCCCCGCCGCCCAGGCCCGCGUGGCCGUCACCUUCGCCCUCUUCGCCCUCUCCGCCGGCUGCAACCUGGCGGUGCUGCGGGCGGCGGGGGGCCGGCAGGGCGGCCGGCGCUCCCACAUCCGCCUGCUGCUGCUGCACCUGGCCGCCGCCGACCUGCUGGUGACGGUGGUGGUGAUGCCGCUGGACGCCGUCUGGAACAUCACGCUGCAGUGGCGGGCCGGCGACCUGGCCUGCCGCCUCCUCAUGUACCUCCGGCUGCUGGCCAUGUACGCCUCCGCCUUCGUCACCGUCGUCAUCAGCCUGGACCGGCAGGACGCCAUCCUGCGCCCGCUGGCCAUCGCCCGCGCCCGGAGGAGGAACCGCAUCAUGCUCUACGUCGCCUGGCUCCUCAGCGCAGGGCUCUCGGUGCCGCAGCUCUUUGUGUUCCGCACGGUCACCCUCCGCCCCCCGCACAACUUCACCCAGUGCACCACGCGGGGCAGCUUCCCCCAGCCCUGGCACGAGCUCCUCUACAACAUGCUCGGCUUCGCCUGCCUCUUCCUGCUGCCGCUGCUCAUCAUGGUCUGCUGCUACGCACGCAUCCUCCUGGAGAUCUCCCGGCGCAUGGGCUCCAGCCUCUUCUCCUCCCAGGAUGUGUCGCUGCGGUGCUCCAGGAACAACAUCCCGCGGGCACGGCUGCGCAUGCUGAAGAUGAGCCUGGUCAUUGUCUCCUCCUUCAUCCUCUGCUGGACCCCCUACUACCUGCUGGGGCUGUGGUACUGGUUCUGCCCACGGGCCAUGGAGAAGAGGGUCUCGCCGGCCCUCAGCCACAUCCUCUUCAUCUUUGGCCUCUUCAACGCAUGCCUGGACCCCAUCACCUAUGGGCUCUUCACCAUCCCCUUCCGGAGGGGCUGGGGCUGCCCCUGUGGGCACAGCCCCCAGACCCAGCCACCCUCCCCGGCCACCGGCUCCUUCCGCUGCUCAGCCUCCUCCCUGCCGCCCAAGCGGGGUGACCCGGGGGUGCAGGGGUGGCGGAUGCCCACCAGCCUGGGGCUGCCUGAUGGGGCCAGCUCCUGCCAGAGCAGCUCCCUGUGAGCCACGCAUGGCCCCACACCCACGGGGGCACCCCGGGGUGCUCAGCAGGCACUGAGGCUGUGGGCAGGAGCGGACUGCUGGCAGGAUGGCAAGGGCAGGAUGGGGCCGUUGAUGCUCUUUUCCUGUGCCCCAAAGCAUCUCUGCAGGCUGCGGGGCUGGCAUGGGUGCCUCCCGGUCCCCUCUCCCCUCUCUGCACCUGCCAAGCUCUGCACAGCUGCUGGAGCAGAGCCCAGCACAGCAAUAAA